AAACCGAGAGAGACGAAGAAAAAGAAAAUGGCGGCCGGGAGCGGAGUGUGGAGGGCGGUGCUGGUCCUCAGCCUGGGGACAGCUGUUCUGUCUUUUGAAACAAUCAGCCUGAAGGAAGGAGCCAAUGCUGAGUUCCGGUGCAAUUAUCCCUCCAACUACCAGAACCCACGUGUGGAGUGGAAGUUCUCAUCAGGCACUGAUACCACCCUGGUGUACUAUGACAAGGAUCUGACAGCCCCCUAUAAGAACCGGGCGUCCUUCUUCCAGCAAGGCCUGCGGCUGAAUUCGGUGACCAGGAAGGACAGUGGAGACUAUUCGUGUGAG